AUGCAUGCGCCGUCUGCCACGACAGUCUCAACUAAGUCGAAAACACUACCCGAACUCAAUGUAGAGGUGACGGUCACUUGUGUGAAACUGCAGGAUACAGAUGCAGCAAUAACGGACCAGGUGGUAACUAUGAACACGGUCAAACCUAGGAGCCGAUCUUUUAGCAUGUCUUCAAUAAUUACAUUGAACGACAUGGACUUGGACGUGGCCAAGAGUCGUGCGAGCUAUUACGCUGCAAGUCGACUGACCAAAGUCUAUUUUUCCAUGCCAAAUAUUAUGUUUAUGACACCCGAAACGGGAAUCCAAGUGCCGUCCACCACGACUAGUAACAAUGAAGUUGAAGACAAUGACCGAACUCAAUGUAGCGAUUCCGGUCACCUGUGUGAAACUGCAGGAUACAGAUGCAGCAAUAACGCACCAGGUGGUGACCAUGAACAGGGGCAAACCUAUAAGAGCCGAUCAUUUUGGAAAAGUACUAAAAAAUUCUUCAGGCGAUUAUUGUGCUGCGCGUACAAUUGCUGUUGUGCCAUUGUAGAUGCUGCUAUAUACUUAAUGUACCGUAUAGGUACAUUCUGCAACAAUAUAUUUUUUAAUUAUCUCGAUGCUCUGUCGAGAUAA